ACUGUGGGGCUGUCGUCUGUCAAGCGGAAGCGAGGCAACUACCUCCUGGACACGCUGAAGUCCAUCUUCAAGCAGUCAAUCCAGGAGGAGCUGGAGGAGAUGGUGGUGGUGGUGCACCUGGCUGACCCAGACUCGGAGUGGAACACCCAGGUGGUGACGGACAUUACCGCAAGAUUCACUCCCCACCUCCUCCGGGGCCAGCUGCUGGUUAUCCAUGCCCCUCCGGAGUGCUACCCGCCCCUGGAAGGCCUGAAGAGGAACUACAAUGAUGCCGAGAAUCGAGUGCAGUUCAGAGCCAAGCAAAACGUGGACUAUGCGUAUCUCCUCAGCUUCGCUGCCAACCUUUCCUCCUACUAUCUCAUGACUGAGGAUGACGUGCAGUGCUCCAAGUCCUUCUUCACUGCCAUCAGGAAGGCAGUGGCAUCCCGGGAAGGCUCCUACUGGGUCACGCUGGAGUUCUCCAUGCUGGGCUACAUUGGCAAACUCUACCACUCCAGCGACCUGCCCCAGCUGGCCCAGUUCCUGCUGCUGUUCACACGGCAUUUCCUGGUAGACUGGCUGCUGGGGCACUUCCGCCUGCUGCUCACCCAGAAGGAGGUGAUUCGCUUCAAGCCGUCCCUCUUCCAGCACAUCGGCCUGUACUCCUCCUUCCAGGGGGUGGUCAAUCGGCUGAAAGACAACGACUUCGAGGCAGAUUCCUUGGACUUGCCUGACAACCCCCCAGCUGUGAUGUUCACAGACAUAGACACCUUUGAGAACUACCUGCCCAGCAAGGCCUACGGCACGAUGCCGGAGUACUUCUGGGGGAAAGCCCCAUCUGCUGGCAGCCACUUCACCAUCGUGUUCCACCAGCCUGCCCGUAUCUCACGGCUCCAGGUCCACACCGGCUCCGAGGAGCGCCACACCGACUAUCUCCACUCAGGGGCCGUGGAGCUGGGCAGCCAGCGGCAGGGGAAAGGCAAGGGCUGCUCUACAUACACCCACGUCGGAGCCUUUGAGAAGGGACACUUUGAACGGAGCGGCUUGGAGAACAGCACGGCUGCCGCCCCGGAGUGCGUGCGGAUCCUAGUGACAGAGAGUCAGAGCGAAUGGCUGAUCAUCCGCAGCAUCAGCAUCUGGACCAAACCAAACAGCUAA